UCCCAUCAUCCUCCUCGUUCAAACAUGGCUGCCUCCAGGCACUGAAAAAUCUCCUGUAAAUCUUUCUGGACGUUUUAUCGAAAGUUCCAUCGAUUUCAGACAUUUCAGACAUGUGUUCGAGGCUGGAGGCGGUAGCUGUACUUGAAGGUCACCAGGACAGAGCCUGGACCGUGGCGUGGAACCCGACAGGGACGGUCCUCGCGUCUUCAGGGGGAGACAAGACAAUCCGGCUGUGGGGGAGGGAGGGAGAUUCCUGGGUGUGUAAGACCGUGCUUGAGGACAGCCACACCCGUACCAUCCGCUCCGUGUGCUGGUCGCCGUGUGGCACGUACCUGGCCUCCGGUAGCUUUGACGCGACCACGUGUAUCUGGGAUAGGAAGAGCGGGGACUAUGAGUGCAGCGCCACCCUGGAGGGGCACGAGAACGAGGUGAAAUGUGUGGCCUGGUCGCCGUCUGGUCAGCUGAUCGCUACAUGCAGCAGGGACAAGAGUGUGUGGAUAUGGGAAGUGAGUGAGGAUGAGGACUAUGAAUGUGCCAGUGUGCUCAGUCUUCACACACAGGAUGUCAAACAUGUCACCUGGCACCCUCACAAGGAGAUCCUGGCAUCUGCCAGUUAUGACGACACCAUCAAGUUGUACCGAGAGGCAGACGACGACUGGGACUGCCUGGCAACCAUGGAGGGGCACGACUCCACCGUCUGGGGCGUGUGUUUCGACCAAUCAGGAGAGAGACUAGCCUCCUGCAGCGAAGACAAAACCCUGAAGAUUUGGCAAGAAUACCUGCCAGGAAAUGAAGCAGGUAUCCAAACACAAGGCAGUGACCCCACCUGGAAGUGUGUGUGUACUCUGUCUGGGUACCACAAGAGGACAGUCUAUGAUGUCAAAUGGUGCCACCAGACUGGUCUGAUAGCCACAGCUGCAGGUGACGACUGUAUCCGGGUGUUUCAGGAGGACGAGAGUUCCCCAGACAGGAGGAACCAACCACAGUUCAGCCUCACAGCCACGGCCGAGCAGGCACACUCACAGGACGUCAAUUGUGUAGCCUGGAACCCUAAAGAACCAGGGCUGCUGGCAUCAUGUAGCGACGAUGGUGUGGUUAAGAUAUGGAGAUAUAAGGAGGAAUAAAGGACUAUUGUACUGUAGAUAACAUGCAAGAAUGCAUUGGUGGGAAGAAAGAGCCUUUCACCAGCACAAGGAUUUCUGUUGCAAGAGGACAAAGAACUCUUAGAAGAAUCUUGUGCUCUCAGUUGUAUGAUUUAUCAUAUGGUUUUGGUAACAUCAAAAUUUAAAGGGGAUGUUUCCUGUACAUUUAGUGGUAACCAUGUUUUAAGUAAAUAUAUACAGGCUUGCAUGUGAGGCUAGCAACGUAGCAUCUCUAUACAUUGUCUGUUGGACUGUACCAGGAUCGCUGGUGAGUUGAGGUACCAGGUUCAAUGCUGCAACCUCUUGCUUUGAAAGCCAUGCCCCUAUGAUCAUGAGUAUUUUAUCAAAACUGGUCCGGAUGAUGCAGUAAUUAACCACCACCAUGCAAGUAUCCCUGCUGUUUUGUAUUUUCCUUGCUAUCAGACAUGAUGAUGUAAUGUUUUGUAGAUAUUGUAUAAUACAAGUAUUACUCCAACUGAAUUCUGCCUUCAGGGUAUUUGUUGAAAUUUUAGACAUAGAACAAACUUAUCAGCAAACAUGCUCAGCUCUUGAUGUUUUCUGAGUUUUUAUUUGGCUUGGUCAAAAUCAUGCAUAAAACAGCUUGUGACUUCCUAUGUACGUGUCAUUUUGCCAAUAUUACUACUCUGUACCUGAUGUUUCCUGUAAGUUGAUACUUGUAUUUGUGCAACAUUGCAACAGCCAAUCACAAGCCUGAGUUAACUUGCCAUUGAAGUAGGGUCUGUAAAGACUGUACUGCACUGUAAAUGUAGUGUAAAGACAGAAACAAGGAAAGAUCUGCAUGUAUUUAUAUUUAUAUCACAGCCAAACGAAACUACUAACAUUGCCAACUUUUGUGUGUGUUUGCAUAUUUUCCAAGACAAAAAUCCAUACAG